CAAAGCCAGUGUGACUGAGUGUGGGAGAGGAAUGGCGCCGGCGGCUGAAGGAACAAGAACAGAAACCGCUGGAAAAGCUGAGCAGGUCCGGCAGCUCGUGUUGAGAGAAAUGUGAGGACGUGUUUCGGGUCCGGGGAUCCUUCUUCAGAACAGGACCAGGUUUCAGAAACAUCCCGGGGAGGUCGCCAGGUCCGAGCGCCAAGACCUGGCUCCUGCCCCCGGGGAGAGGAGACAGUGAGACAGGAUUAUUUGAAGAUCUGAAGAAGGAAAUUUCAAAAUCGACAGAUGAAGGCCUCAUGCCCGAAGCAUUGACGCUUCUGAUCCUCGGAUGCUGCCUGACCUACAGUGCUUUUCCAGCGUCACACUUUUGAACUCUUGACUCUCCAGCAUCUGCAAUCCUCACUUUCACAUCAAUGUCUGACAGUGACACUGGGACAUCGGGACUGCAACGAUUUUUGACUGUGAUUCUGUGAGAGGGAGCAAAGUGUUUACUUCCUGUUCGAGUACAUUUUCAGAAUCGGUGGGACUGGAUGAGAGACCCUACGUUGCAGCGCAGUGAGUAUGGAUCCUGAAACAGUUAUACGGCCUAGAAAGAGGAAUUCACGGCAGGGUGGGGCUGUACCCACGUUUUGUGCAGCUGAAGCUUCGGCCAUGGAGAAACCCGAGGAAUCCCGCACUGUGAAGAAACCGUGGAACUGUGGCGACUGUGGUAAAGGCUUCUGUGCCCCGUCUGCUCUGGAGACUCAUCGGCGCAGUCACACCGAGUAUUUGAAGAUCUGAAGACGGAAGUUUCAAAAUCAACAGAUGAAGGACUUAUGCCCAAAAUGUCGACUCUCCUGCUCUUCAGGUGCUGCCUGACCUGCUGUGCUUUUUCAGCGUCGCACUUUUCAACACUGACUCUCCAGCGUCUGCAGUCCUCACUUUGACGUCAAUGUCUGACAGUCACUCAAUCCAUCCGGACAGCAACAAUCGUUGACUGAUUCUGUGAGAAGGAGCAAAGCUUUUUGGUUCCUGUUUCAGUCCGUUUUCAGCAUCAGUGGGACUGGAUGAGGGACCCUACUGUUGGAGUGCACUGAGUGUGGAGCCUGAAACAGUUAUAAGGCCUGGGAAGAGGAAUUCACGGAGGGGAGGAGCUCUACACGUGUUGUGUGUGGAUGAAGCUUCGGCCAUGGAGAAACCCAAGGAAUCCUGCCCCAUGGAGAAACCGUGGAAGUGUGGCGACUGGGAAAGAUUUCCGUUUCCCAUCUGCUCUGGAGAUUCAUCGUCGCAGUCACACCGGGGAGAGGCCAUUCCCCUGCACAGACUGCGGGAAGGCCUUCAGCAAUUCCUCCGACCUGGUGAGGCACCGGCGGGUCCACACCAGGGAGAGGCCCUUCAGCUGCCCUGAGUGUGGGAAGGCCUUCAGCAAUUGCUCUGACCUGGUGAGGCACCGGCGGGUCCACACGGGGGAGCAGCCCUUCAGGUGCUCCACAUGCAGGAAGGGCUUUACCCAGGCCUCCACCCUGUUGGCCCACCGGCAGCUCCACACUGGGGAGAGGCUGUUCAUCUGCACCGAAUGUGGGAAGGGCUUCAGCAAUUCCUUCGCCCUGCUGACCCACCAGCGGGUCCACACGGGAGAGAGGCCGUUCCCCUGCACAGAGUGCAGGAAGGCCUUCAACAGUUCCUCCGACAGGCUGAAGCACCAGCGGUUCCACACGGGGGAGAGGCCCUUCAGCUGCCCAGAGUGCAGGAAAGGCUUUACCCAGGCCUCUGACCUGCUGAGGCACCAGCGGGUCCACACGGGGGAGAGGCCGUUCACCUGCUAUCAGUGCGGGAAGAGCUUUAGCCGCUCCUCCCACCUGCGGAGGCACCAGAGAGUUCACACCGGAGAGAGGCCAUUCAUCUGCCCCAAGUGUGGGAAGGCCUUCAGCAAUUCCUCUGCCCUUAUGAGGCACCGGUGGGUCCACACAGGGGAGAGGCCCUUCAGCUGCCCCGAUUGUGGGAAGGACUUCAGUUAUUCUUCUGACCUGCAGACCCACCGACGGGUCCACACGGGGGAGAGGCCGUUCUCCUGCACUGUGUGUGGGAAGGCCUUCAGCACCUCCUCCACCCUCCUGACCCACUGGCGGGUCCACACUGGGGAGAGGCCAUUCACUUGUUCCGAGUGCAGGAAGGGAUUCACUCAGGAGGGCAAGUUGCGGAUGCACCAGCGGGUCCACACUGGGGAGAAGCCUUUCAGCUGCCCCGAGUGUGGGAAGGCCUUCAACGAUUCCUCUUCCCUUCAGACCCACAAGUGGGUCCACACACAGGAGAGGCCGUUCCCCUGCACAGAGUGCGGCAAGCUCUUCAGCAAUUCCUCCACCCUGCUGAAGCACCAGCGGGUCCACACAGGGGAGAGGCCCUUCAGCUGCCCCGAGUGUGGGAAGGGCUUUACCCAGAUGUCUGUCCUGCUGAUCCACCAGCGGAUCCACAUCGGUGAGAAGCCUUUCUGCUGCCCUGAGUGUGGGAAGGGAUUCACUCAGAAGGGCAACUUGCGCACGCACCAGCGGGUCCACACCGGGGAGAGGCCCUUCAGCUGCCCCGAGUGCGGAAAUGCCUUCAGCGAUUCCUCCACCCUACUGAAGCACCAACGGGUCCACACAGGGAAGAAGCCAUUCCCCUGCCCCGAGUGUGGGAAGGCCUUUAGCAAUUCCUCCGACCUGCUGAAGCACCAGCGUGUCCACACGGGGGAGAAGCCCUUCAGCUGUCACGAAUGUGGGAAGGCCUUCAGCGAUUCCUCCGCCCUGGUGAAGCACCGGCGGGUCCACACAGGGGAGAGGCCCUUCAGCUGUCACGAAUGUGGGAAGGCCUUCAGCGAUUCCUCCGCCCUGGUGAAGCACCAGCGGGUCCACACGGGGGAGAGGUCCUUCAGCUGCCCCGAGUGUGGGAAGGGCUUUACCCGGGCAGCCACCCUGCGGAGGCACCAAGGAGUUCAUGUGCCAUCACAGGGGGAAGACAUGGGGAAGAAAUCUGAAACCAAAAGACACAUCAACUUCUGGCAGAGCCACUUGAUUCACUGGGACUUUAAUAUCAGCAGCCAUUCACAUCGAGAAGACAUGUUUGCUUUUGUUUGCUUGAAAGAUUUUGGACACUGGUGGAAAAAGUGCUUCAAACCAUUUCCUCAGCUUGGGGGAAUCAAAAUCACACCCCUCACGGUGGGGACAGACUGUGUACCAGUUCUGUUUGUAAUUUCAAACCCAGGUGACACAAGGAAUACACUCCCCAUGGGGAAACCGUGGAAAUGUGGGGACUGUGGGAAAGGAUUCCCUUCCCCCUCAGUGCUGGAAAUUCACAGACGUGUUCACAGCGGGGAGAAGCCGUUCAUCUGCUCAGUGUGUGGGAAGGGAUUCACAAAUUCUUCCAACCUGCGGGCGCACCAGUGGGUCCACACGGGAGAGAAGCCCUUCACCUGCUUGGUGUGCAGGAAGGGGUUCACGCAUUCAUCUGCACUGCUGACCCACCAGCGGGUCCACACUGGGGAGAGGCCGUUCGGUUGCUCAGAGUGCGGGAAGGCUUUCCGUCGUGUGAGCAACUUGAGGAAGCACGAGCGGGUCCACAUGGGGGAAAGGCCAUUCACCUGCCCCGAGUGUGGGAAGGGAUUCAUUGAUUCUUCCAGCUUGCUGAACCACCAGCGGAUCCACACAGGGGAAAGGCCAUUCACCUGCUCUGUGUGCGGGAAAGGAUUCAAUCAUAUGAGCAAUUUGCGGCAGCAUAAGCGGGUCCACACUGGGGAGAGGCCAUUCACCUGCCCCGAGUGUGGGAAGGGAUUUACCAACUCUUCCCACCUGCUGACCCACCAGCGGAUCCACACUGGGGAGAGGCCAUUCACCUGCUCCAAGUGCAGGAAGGGCUUCACCUGCUCCUCUGACCUCCAGAGACAUCAACGAGUUCACGUGCCAUCACAGGGAAAUUGAAGGAGUGACAGAUAAGUACCAUUUUUGACUAGACUAUCAACCCCGUUCUGGGGUCUCCCAGGUUUGAAUCCCACCGUGGUAGAUGGUGCAAUUGAAAUCUGGAGUUCAGAAUCAAAUGAUGAAACCAUUUUCAGGGGAAGAAAAACCCCACCUUAUUCACUCAUGUCCUUUUUUAGAGAAUGAAGCUAUCUUUGCAGGAAAGGAAUCACUCAGUUAUUCCAGCUGCAUCCUUUACCUGGUCUGGCCUACCCCUGACUCCAGACCCACAGCAGUGUGGUUGACUCUUGAUUGCAUCCCCCUCCUGUAUAUGAGCUGGAGAAACUAACUUGUAUACAGGGUGUAGGCUGAAACUGCUGAGUGAGGCAAUACUUCCUCCAGAUGAAGGCUGUACCAAGGAUCCAGUUCCAAAGGGAUAAUUUGGUGCUGACCAAUAGUAAAGAAAGUGGGGGAUGGGGAGUGUGUGCACUUUGACCUUGAGCUUUUUAUUUAAAAAACGCUACUUUUCG